UUCUCUUCGUGUUUCUGAUCAAACAGACGAGACGAGUAGGAACCGUCAAAUGUGACGCGACGCGAUGUGACAGACAAGGGAAGACUGACAACAAUCAGACGUUUGUUCAGAUUCAGCUGCGAAGAAAAGACGUUUUCAACUGGAGACAUUUUACAUCGGUCACUGACAGGAAGUGACAAGAAAAUAAAAUGAACUAACCGGAUGUAAGACUAAAUAAAAAUGAAAGAAACAGGAAGUGACAAGAAAAUAAAAAUAAAACCAAGGAAGUAACAACAAAAUAAAACAAACUGGAAGUAAUAAAAUGAAACUAACCGGAAGUGACAAAAAAUCUAUUGAAACUAGCAGGAAGUAACAACAGAUUAAAACAAACAGGAAGUAACAAUAAAAUUAAACUCACAGGAAGUGACAAUCACAUAAAACAAACAGGAAGUAACAACAACAUGAAGCAAACCAGAAGUGACAACAGUUUCUGUCAUGGAGCUUUAAAAAAUGUAUUUAUUAAGAAGAUAUACAUUAUAAAUAAAUAAAUAUAAAUAAAUACUUUAUAUAAAUGAAGUAUUGUUUGAUGAUGUAAUAACAUUCAUGUGUCUAACAGAUCAAUAUUCAUGGAUAAUGUCUCCAGAAUAAAUCAGCUGUUUCAAUGUUUACAUAUUUCUGCUCGGGUCCAACUACGAUUUUUGUGUCAAUUUAAAUGUUGCUGCAGCAAUGAAUUUUGGGACGGCAUCGUCUCCUUUCUUUUGGUAAAGGAAGCUCCGGUGUUUCCUAAAGGAGAUAAGAUAGAGCAUGAUGCCUCCUUUCCUUCUUUCCUUCUCCCUGUCUCCUUCCCCACAAGAUGGAGCUUUCUUCCUUACUUCAUGAGCUUCAUCUCUCCUCCUCAGAGAAGCCCCUCCCCUCUGCCCCUCUCCCUCCAAUCACGGAGCUCCUGUCUCGGCUGCAGGAGAAGCUGAUCGGUGUGUCCUCGGACUCUGAAACGAGCUCCCUGAUUGGUCGUGUGGAGCGGCUCUUUCAAACAGCAGAUCCCGAUUGGCUGUUCUCCCCGGCCUCAGCCAAUGAGGACGGUGGUCAGGCUGCACUCGAGUCGGCAUACGGGUCUCUGAUCGGCGCUCUGAUUGGCUGUGCAGCUCUGCCACUCUGCGAGGACGACUGCGGCUCUCUGCCGGUGGCGGCCUAUCAAAGCGUCCCGAGCCGAGCCGUCCCGGUGUGCUCGGCGCUCGGAGCGCUGCUGGGAGCUCUGGGAAAGUGGGAGGAGCCUGGUCUGCUACUGAGUGCGGUGGUGCCGGCCGUGUGUGUGUUCACUGUGACGCAUUUCCAGGAUCGGGCUUGGACCACGUCCCCCUCCAGAGCGGCCGCGCGGAGCCUGCAGGAGGUCCUGCUGAGGGCGGGUGGCUGGAGAGACUCCGCCCACCUCCUGGUGGGGGGCGGGAGUCAGAGGGAGGAGGAGGAUGGAGGCAAGAGCAGAGGAAUUCUGGGAGGAGUCCUGGAUGUCCUGCAGCCGCAACUCGCCAAGGACUCGUGGCAGCGGUGUGAGGCGGUGAAGCUGGUGUUUGCGUGGAGCCUCCUGCAGGUCACUCGCCCCUCUCUCUCCCCUCACCUGCCGCGCCUCCUCCCCCCCUCCCUUCUCCUCACUGACCACUACAGACCAGAGAACUGCAUGCUGGGAGUUCGCUGUCUGCAUCAUAUUGUACUGAACACGUGUGUGUGUGUGUGUGUGUGUGUUCAGCCUGCUGCUGAUCUCCGUCAGUUCAACAGAGCAGAAGUCGUCUAUCAAGCCUUAUUCAAACACCUGUACACCACAGAGGCUGCUGUCAUACAGCUCGUCCUCUCUUGUCUGUUGGACCUCCUGUUGGUUCUGGAGACGCCCCCCUCCUCGCUCACCCCCUCCUCCGCCCGCAGGAAGCCCUGUCGCCAUGACGACGUGUUGCGUCUGGUCCUGACCCACAUGGAGGCGGAGAACAAAGUUCCGAUGCGACGCGUCUACGCCUCUGUCCUCCCGCCGCUUGUAGACAGGAUGGGCGUGGCGGUGUGCAGACACCUGCAGCGGCUGCAGCGGGUGGUUCUGGGAUACCUGGAGAUCAAAGAUCCUCCUGAGGAGACAAACAGGCUGAAGGUCCUGGAGGUUCUGCAGAAAACCACCAGGGCAGCCUGGCCGAGGAUGGAGGGACGCGUCAACACGUUGCUGCGUUGCUUGUUGCGGUUGCUGGUCGACGUCUCUUCAGACUCGCAGCUCGACGACUCGGUCAGACACGAACUGACGAAUCAGACACUUUCCUGCAUCAGACUGUUGGACCAGGGCUCAGGGGGACCAGUCCAGACUCUCCUCCAGCAGGUCGACAGCAGCUGUUGUAGUCCCGAGGUGCUCUGUUGCCUGGCGACUGUAACUACGUCGUCAGAGAGGUGAUGCAGUUGGUCAGUGACGUGACAGACGGGCUGAGAUGAAGACGUGUGAUUGGACGAUCAGCGGACUGGAGGUUCCCUCUGCGGACGUGAUGUCAUCACUUCCUUGUGACUCCGAGGUCAUUGGUUCUGACUGAAGAGGAGCUCACAGACACACUGUCAGCUGUCAAUCCUGAGUCGGUGUCAUCUGUCAAUCAUCACGUCUCAGCCUCAGUUUUUAUAUCAUCAAAUAACUAAUGAGAAGCAAAGUGAUCAGAAACAUGAACACGUG